GUGGAAAGGAGUUGGACACUCAAGUGAGAGCAUCGGAAGUUUAAUUACCGAUUAAUGCACACAAUUGUUCUCAAAUUGAGCCCUAGAUGAAGGAUUUUGUCUCGGAAUAAGAGUUGACCGAACGUCUAAGCCGAUUGUGAAUAAAUUGUGUCCGCAUUCAAUUUUCAAACGGCAAACUAGGGGAGAAGGACAUCGCUCCAUGGAUUUAGUAUCAUAUUAGGGUAUUCAAAGGAACAUGGGUGAAGUCCUUAUAUCAUUCAAAAGAAAAAAAAAAAGAGAUUGCAGGGAGAGAGUAGAAAAAGAGAUGCCAUGUGCGAUCUUCAGAAAUGAGGCUUGUAUUGUUACUCAAGCCAGUUGCUCUGUUCGCAUUCACUUUGUGUACCACCAUUUUGUUCGUUCUACUGUCUCAGCCGCACCCCCCUUCUCCAAAACCAGACGCCAUGGCUCGGAGCUUCGUUCUGUGGCUUCACGGGUUGGGGGAUUCGGGUCCCGCCAACGAACCCAUCAAAUCCCUCUUCACAUCUCCUGAGUUCAGGAACACCGUCUGGUCUUUCCCUUCUGCUCCUUGGAACCCCGUCACUUGCAACCAUGGUGCUGUUAUGCCUUCAUGGUUUGACAUUCAUGAGAUACCUAUAACAUCUAAUUCUCCAAAAGAUGAAAAUAGUCUGCUUAAAGCAGUUCAGAAUGUGCAUGCUAUGAUAGACAAGGAGCUUGCCACAGGCACAAAUCCAAAAAACAUUUUUGUAUGUGGCUUUAGCCAAGGAGGUGCCCUGACCUUGUCAAGUGUUCUGCUGUACCCAAGAACUCUAGGUGGAGGUGCAGUUUUCAGCGGAUGGGUUCCUUUUAAUUCGUUUAUGACAGAACGAUUCUCUCCUGAGGGGAAGAAGACACCUAUUUUGUGGUCUCAUGGAAUGGACGACAAAACUGUAUUAUUUGAAGUGGGACAAGCAGGCCCCCCCUUCCUUGAACAGGCUGGUGUAAGCUGCGAGUUUAAGGCAUAUCCAAAUCUUGGGCAUUCAAUCAGCAAUCAAGAGCUGGGUUACCUGGAAUCGUGGAUCAAAAGUCGCCUGCAGAGUUCUUCCUGAAGGUUUGAGUUUAAUGAGAUGGCCCUAUUGAGUGUAUACCCAGUGUUUUGAUUACUAUCAUUAUUCAAUCAUUUUAUGUGGGCAAAAUGGAUCUUUACCAAAUAUUUUGCAUGCUGUGGUUUGUAACUUGAGAGAGAGAUGAGAGCCUUACCAACAUGAACAUAUGGUGGUGUCGUCGAUCAAAAGUCGCUUGCAGUAUUCUUCCUGAAGGUUUGAGUUUAAUGAGAUGGCCCUGUUGAGUAUAUAACCAGUGUUAUGAUUACUAUCAUUAUUCAAGACUAUCAUUUUGUAUGGGAAAAAUGGAUCUUUACCAAA